AUGGAUGCUGAGCCGCUGGUUGCGCAGGCGGGCGACCAGGUGGUUGACCCCGAAGUGCGCUCAUUCAUCUACAGCCUUGUCACUGCGCUUGGCGGAUCUGCGAACGAUGAAGCUGGACGUUAUACUCUUGGAGAUGAUGCACUGGGGUGUCUGCGAGAUCUUAAGAAAUGGCUACGGUUCUACGACGAGAAACUGAAUCGGCUGGAUGUUGCCAGAUGCCUGGCCGAGAGCAACCUUGUCAAUGGCGACUUAAUACCGAUUUUGGCUCUAUGGGAUGAAGUUAAGCCGACAGACAAGUACAAGUCAAGGAUUACUUUGGCAUGCUUAGAAUUGCUCGUUCCCUUAACAUGGCCAGUUGAAAUCCAUAGCGAAAUGACUAUUAACCACCAUCGACACACCCCUUACCUCCAGCGCGCCCAGAUUUCUUAUAAACGAGGGAUACUCGGCCAUCCUUCUAACUCUAUUCUCCGGUCAAUUAUCCGCAUUGGCCUCCCAAGCAUAACAACCCCUCGACCGGAAAGAUCAUCGCGAGACGAAGGAAUUUUGAAACUUGUCCUAUAUUUAUUUAGAAAUGUGACAAUAAUCAACGCUACCCCAAAUCUUUUAGUGGAAGGCGACGAAGAUGAAACGUCAAGGUCAAUGACAAUCAAUGCUUUUCAUAAUCAAGACGUAUUCGCCAUGCUACUCACACUAUGUUCAAACAUUGAAGAGGAGUUCACCUUCCAGGAUGUUAUCCUUCUCGAGAUAUUGUUUCAUCUCAUCAAAGGCGUUGAAGUUAAACAACUGUUCAUGGACAACAGCCAACGUAGUGCAACCCGCACUGAUGAACUGAAAGGACUAAUGGAUGCUGAAAGCUCUUUAACCCGUGAUCGUUCAAAGCACGCCCCAACUCGCCAUGGCAGGUUUGGAACUAUGAUCUGGGUAAAACGACAGGAUGAAAAGGUGUCUUCUGUAUCGGGCCAAGAUGUUCUACUUAAUGACCAAGCGGCGUUUGACAAGAUGGAUAAAACUAAGAGAUGGAAUAAACCGAGAGGGAGACGGCCGGUGAUGGAUGAAACGUCGAAUAAUUUUAACAUGCAGGUUCACCUAACCUCCUCUGCUCUCCACCAUCUUCGACUUUUUGUUGAAGAGUUCCUUGAUUCGGGGUUCAAUCCUCUAAUGACCAGUAUACGAAAAGCUAUGGAGCGAGAGUCUGACCGUCUGACCGAAUCUUCGUCCCGGCAUUUUUUCUUCGUCGGCUCUUGGUUUUUAAAUGCCGAACGGGCGCGCCGUGCGCAGCAAGAGGAAGCUCGCCGAAAGGCGACUGGCUCUGCAAAAGAGAUCGAACCUGACAGUUUUGCUCUUGUAGCGAGUGUCCUUAACCAGGAAACCUUUAUUGCCCUUAAUCGAUUCAUGCAAACCAGUCUCGACAACAAAGAAUGGCAGGACCUUAAUGCUGGCAUGUUAUCAUUUACACAAACUCUGCUUACAGUUCAAGAAAUGGCAAAGUCCGCUCUUGAAGAAGACCAAGAGAUUGCUGAGAAUAUCCAAAGCCGCAUUUUCUAUGAAGAAUCAACCCACGACAGGAUUUUGUCUACCCUACGAGGUUAUAAAGGCCAAGGGUUUUGGUAUCUUGACGCCUGCACAGAGCUCGCGCAUGUUUUCCUUCGGAUGUUAGAGCAAUAUUCAAAGCAAAAUGUGGACAUGCAAGUCCGAUCUAAGCGAAUAUCAAGGCGUAAGAAAAAGGUGCAAAAUCAGAGCCAAGAGAACAUGGGAGAAGAGGAUGAUGGAUUUGAUAAUUCGGAGGACGAAGAAGCAGCGGAUAGGGCAGAAGCUGUUCGCAGUGUUGCAGAGAGAUCGUUUGAUUUUAAACGGUUUUGUUCUAAGUUUUGCACACAAAGUUCUGUCAACACCUUUGUUGCCUUAGCGUCCUACUAUCGCGAUUUGGAUACUGAGCAGCUGAAACGUGCGCAUCGAUUUUUCUACAGGGUUGCAUUUAAACAAGAGUUGAGCGUGCUUUUGUUCAGGCUAGACAUCAUAGCACUCUUCACUAGGAUGAUAAAGGGGCCGGAGGGCCUAGCCUCCUCGAAUCCUGUUUUUGGGGAAUGGGAAGAACUUGUUCGCCAAAUCCUAAAGAAGCUUUUCCGGAAGAUUGACGAGCGGCCGCAGUUAAUUACAGAGCUAUUGUUUAGCAAAAUUCCUGCUACUGUGCAUUACUUGGAAUACGGCCACGACAAACAGACACUGACAGUUACAUCUCGACCUGCUGCAGAGUUGGAGAUCAAACCUAAUGCUACUAGAACGACUGACGAAAACAUCCGAAUUGUCGUGUCAAGCUUGGUUGCAGAUGGUAGUGAAGACUUGGUUCGAUGGUUAUGUGAGAUCCUUGAUAACGCGCUGAAAGAUAGGAAGAGCUGGGAGCUCGCGGAUCUGGCACGGGGGACACAAGAUGCAGCCGAUAUUGUCGAUAUUGCCCCAAGCACACCCGCAAUAGAGGUUUCUGGCCCUGACGAAAAAUGCAAAACAGCAAUGUUUAAAAAUGGUCGUUUGCGUCUCCUUUUCACGCUUGCCGGCCUGGUGCUGGCUGGUGAAGAUGUUUUGGGCACCCCUUGGAGUAUACCUGGUUCCAUUUCAUCCGCAGUGCUCGAGGAGACCCACAAUUCUAUUCAACAACAUUGUGAUAAUCCAGCCCCUGAAAUUGAUGGGGUCGACCCUCACACGCUUAUACGUCGAAAACGUAUAGCUGGCACGGCCACCAACAAUGACGACUCUACAGCCCAUGUUAACUUUGGCAGUGAUUCUGAGGGAGAAGACCUAGGCCUUGAUCAAGUGCUCUUCCCUCCAAAUCUCCGUUCAAAGUCAAAAGCACUCAAAGAAUUGAAACAAAAGAGGCGCAAGGGCAAGAAGGGAGAUGAGGAUGAAGACAAUCACCUUGACGAGGAAGCUUUAAACGCUCGCCGACUAGCGCGUGAGCAGAACGCACUUGAACGACAAAAGAAGAUCAAGAGUAGCCUCUUUGUUAAUGCUAGUGAUGAUGAAACUGAUGAUGAAGCUGAUCAAGAAUUCUUUGCGCGAGAGGCAGAAAGACGGAAAAGGCAGGCCCAGCGAACAGAGGACGCAAUGGCUUUAGAUAUACUAGGGGAGAGAACCGGGAAGGCGAAGGGGAAACGAAAACAGGCUAUUUCAAGUGACAGUGACGAGGAAGAUGAAAUUAGCAGCCAAAGGAAGCGUGCAAGGAGCCAGAACCCAGCGUCUGGAAGUGAUGUUGAAGAACUGGGCGCUACCUCUCAACUUAGAGCGCAGACUCCACCGACAUCUACGGAAGACGACCUCAUAUUUGAUAUUGGAGAAAAAUCGCCAGCGCCGACGUUCCAGUGGUCAUCUACUGCGGCCGACAUACCUGCUAAAUCUAUAGGUGAACAGGAUGAUGACAAUGAUGAGGAUGACGAUGAACCUAUCACGAUGACACGAUCACGACGGCCUAAAAUGAUGGCUGGAUUCAUGGUUGACAGUGAUUCAGAGUAA